GGACGAGACAAAUUAACAGGAUGUUGCCGGACAGUGAUGCUGUUCAACGCCUUGUUAUCACGAAUCACAGGCCAUUUUUGUGCAGUAUUUGCGAACAUUUAAAACGAAAAAACACAUAUAUGUGCAGUGAUAGUUAACUGAUAUGUGUUUACUGUUGUCGUACUGUUGUCUGUGAAGAAAAGAGAUUAUAGUAAUGGUAAUCAUGUGGUAGUUCGGUCACUGGUCGUCCUCUCCCCGGUCACCUCUGCUCUGAAGCCGCUAUGUUCGUUUCUCUGCUCCCGCUGUUCGCCGUCCUGCUGUCAGCCUGCGUGGUUGUCGGAGAGCCGGAGGAACACGCUCAUGUCGACGGAGCCCCGCCGUCCAGAAUAGCUGUGGUUGGGGCAGGGAUAGGAGGCAGCACCACGGCCCACUUCCUGCGCCAGCACUUUGGUCCAGAAGUACAGUUGGACGUGUAUGAAAAGGGUGAAGUCGGGGGGCGUCUUGCCACCAUCUCUGUCAAUAACAAUGAAUACGAGUCUGGAGGUUCCAUCAUUCACUCCCUCAACCUCCACAUGCAGGACUUUGUCAAACAGCUUGGUCUGAAGUAUUGUCGCAGUGUGGCGGGCAAGAUGGCGGUGUUUAAUGGCGAUGAGGUGAUUCUAGAGGAAACAGACUGGUACCUACUGGACCUUUUCCGCCUGUGGUGGCGCUACGGCAUCAGCUUCAUACGCCUGCAGAUGUGGGUGGAGGAGAUUAUGGAGAAAUUCAUGAGGAUAUACAAGUACCAGGCCCAUGGCUACGCCUUCAGUUCGGUGGAGCAGCUGCUGGACUCUCUUGGAGGGGCUGGAUUCAUCAACAUGACCCGCAGGCCUCUCUCUGAUUCGCUGCUGGAGCUGGGUGUGUCGCAGCGCUUCAUCGAUGAGGUCAUCGCGCCCACCAUGAGGGUCAACUACGGGCAGAACAUCAGCAUUCCUGCCUUCAUAGGCGCUGUAUCUUUAGCUGGCACCCAGAACAACCAGUGGGCGGUGGAAGGAGGAAACAAACUGGUGUGUUCUGGCCUGCUGAAAAUGGCCAACGCUAACCUCCUGCAGGCAGAAGUCAACACCAUCUCCCCCGUCCAGAUAGGGGAGGCGCUCCAGUACCAGCUGAGCUUCACCACAGCAGCAGGAACAGGAUCAGAGCUGUACGACAUAGUCGUGUUGGCGAUGCCUCUCCAGAGCAAUGUGUCGUCUGAGAUCCAGUUCCAAGGCUUCUCGCCUCCCUUUGACCGGUUCCCCAGCCACUAUCACACCACUGUAGCAACCAUUGUCCACGGUUACCUCAACACAUCUUUCUUCAGCUACCCGGAUCCCCGUCUGUUCCCCUUCGCAAGCAUCUUGACAACAGAGGCACCUGAUCUGUUCUUCAACAGUGUGGCUAGUGUUUGUCCAGUCAACAUCUCGGCAGGCUUCAGGCGAAAGCAGCCCCAAGAGGCUGGAGUUUACAGAAUAUUUUCACCACAGCCUCUGGACAAGCCUCAUCUCAAAACUCUCUUCAGGUCGUACUACUCGGUGCAGAUGACGGAGUGGAAGUCCUGCCCUCGUUAUGGCAGCAGCCAGGAUCUGUCGCCUCUGGAGCUCCACCCUAAUCUCUACUACCUCAAUGAAAUCGAGUGGGCCGGCACUGCCAUGGAGAUGAGCUCAGUGGCUGCUAAAAACAUCGCCCUGCUCGCUUACCACCGCUGGAACAGACAGAUGGACAUGGUGGACCAGAAAGAUCUGAUGCACAGAAUUAAAACUGAAUUAUGACCUCAUCACAUGAAACCCAAGACAGGCUUCAGCAAGGAUACAGAUCAAAGUGUCCAUGGAGGGCGGGAGAAAGAUGGUUUCUGGGUAAUUGUUGCUACAGUAUGAUAGCUUCUCAAAGGAGAGGACUUCAGUGGUCCACCCAGUCCUCUGAAAGUGAGACUGACCCCAGAACCCAUGUCAGACUGGGUCCAGAUUGUGGCUGGUCUUGUUUCAAUGCUGCAGGUCUUUGUGUCAAGAUGUCUGAGCCUUUGUGACAUGAGGUCACACACACACACACGCACUGUGUGAGUAAAUUGGUGAUGAGAUCAGACUGAACUUAGACAAGUUGGCGACACUGAACACGAAACAGAUAUGAUUCGACAUGGCUUAGGUGUGGAAAGGAAGGAAGAGGGAGACAGUAAUGCAACAUUACAGAUGCCAACUGCUAUGAAACACCAAAGAAGGGGGAGGAGGCAACACGUUGAGCAGCUUUCUUCUCGAAGGGAAACUAAAGCCAAGCUUAUUAUAGGCAAAUCUGUGUGUAAGAUUUAUGCUAGCAGCUUUCUGAAAUCUGAUUCAUAGAAACCAAGCACGUCAGUUUGUCUUUAUUACUAUUAAGGAUGAUAUGGAUUAUGUGAUGUGAAUUAUAACUUAUUAAGUUGAUGGUACAACAUGCCGCUGCUGAGCUUGUUGUUCUCCCAUUGCUUAUUUGAGCCUAUGUUUGUAUAGAAAAACCACAAAUAUUGGUGAAGAUAUUUUAUCUCAAAGCUAAUUUUAAAUCCUGUUGAUUUCUUGAACCAGAUACUCUUUGUAUAAGGGCACUUAAAGGUACAUUGUUUUAGGAGAGAUUAUUGUCAGAAAUUGAAUGUACUAUUAGAAGUAGGUUCAUAUAGAUUUCUAAUUGCUUUAGAAUAAAAAAGGUCUGGUAUUUGUAGCCUAAAAAUUAGCUUUUUAAUUGCACUGUAGGAUGGAGGCUGCUGUCUUGUGAUGCCAUGUUUCUGCAGCAGCCCAAGGAGACAAAUCCAGCCAGAAUGUGCAUUUUCUAUUUUGCAGUGGAAGAUUACUACAUAAACAAGGAAGAAUGACAUCCUUUCUGGCAAAGGCCACCAUAGUUCCCUGAUGGUCUUGGGAAAGGGAGGAGUUAUCUUAUUACAAGCUUCAGUCUCGCGUUAGAGUUCAUUAGUGCUUACACACUGGACCUUUUAACUAUCUAAGAUUGCAGUUAUCUGUGAAACGUUGAAUGGAAUGUCCUCCCAACAGAGGAGGAGAUCCUUUGAUAAAACAGCCAGUCACGUUCAGUUCAAAAAGUAGCCAGGAACACUAAUAUAUACCAGUCUUUGUUUUAGCCCAAGACUGAGAGGCAAAGUUUAAGUUAGUUUUAAACCUGGAUCAAAAAUGAAAACAUUAAAGGUGACUGGUAUUGUGCCACUGUUCAAAAGCCUGUUUUGAUUUUGUGUUUAAUUUGUGUUCUCUGUAUCAGUGACACAGCAAACACAAUACACCAGACACACUCCUGUGUGGGUUGGGGAUUGAUUGCUAAUACAAAAGUGGUGGUUUCAUCCAGGAAUCCAGCCACAGGCAGCAUGUCUUUGCCAAGAAAUUAGGCAACCGAGCAACCACGUAAACACCAGCUGAUCUGUAUCUCAGUAGAAAGUGAAUGGGCUGAGGGGGAAAUGGUUUUCCUGGGUUGCUGAUUCCCCGUGUAAAUAAAAAUUCCUGUGUUCAAGACAAGAGAAUGGCUUGACGCUCGUGGGUUUCAAGGUUCAGAAUCGGAGCGUGAGUCAGACACUUUUGAAUGUGUAGCAGCUCAGCGGUGAAGACUGAGACAGAUCAGUGCAGUCACUGAUUUAACUCGAGGCACAUUAACCAGCAAAAACAACUGCAGCACUGCUUGUACCGUCUUCUCAUUAAGGCCCGUUAAUGGACUUGCUUUUGGCACAAAAGAUAACUGAUUAAUGUAAUUUCAGUAGGAUUUUUGUAAAUUAAUAAAAAUUACUAUUCAGUGACUCUUGGUUGCACCCACUGGUGCUGUGCUCUAUUGCCCCUUUCAUCAGACUGUUUCAUUAUCUCUCCUUCCUGCUGCUUUUGUUGCAUAAUCCAGUGGAAACAUUUUUUUGGGGGAAUGGAGCCAACAAGCUUUCACACUUGAUAAAAUAAAAGCAGAGGACAGAUCUGUGGAGCUUCAUGACACCCCCCCCCCCCCUUUUUUUUUCUUCAAGCCCUAAUGCCUGGUUCAGAUCCUGCUUCUUCAGAUAAAGUGCUGUAAUCUUGUAAAAAAAAACAUUCAACUUCCACAAAUGAAGAGUGAUUACAAAAUAAGAUUGUGAUACCACAAGAAACUGCGGACUGUUGUUUAUUAUGAAUUGAAUGUCUUGUUUUAUUUUCUUCUUAAUUUAUAACAGAGGAUUUGGACUUGGAUUCCAGGACUGUUCCCUCUGAAAUCCUUGUGACUCUUAAAAAGCCUUGUUGAUGGAUGUGAUUGUGGCAUGCGAUAAGAAAAUGCUGCAACCCUUUAACUUUAUGAAACUGUUUCACAUCCCCACGAUGGCGUGAGACAUGACGUUGGUGGAGCCAAAAUGGUGUCUUGACUUUUGAUUUCAGGGUUUUCACUCAUCAGCAGCAGUUUCUGUUAUUUAAUUCAGUCAAAUAUAUAAAUAUUUGCUAAUAUGAGUAAAACGGAUCAGCUGAUCUAGAUAGAUGGAUCCACGUAUUUCUCUGGAGUCAUUCUGAAACAGAAAGUGCUACUUCUAGGUAGCCUUUCCCUCUGUAAAAGCUUUGACUCAGACCAAGGCUAUAUUUUAAAAAUGGCAAAUUUCUUCCUAAUUGGUCUCUGUUGCGCAUGGUUAUUUUGACUGCAGCCAUUGUUUCGGUUUCCAGUGAAAUUAGGGGAGGGAGCUGCCCAGAACUGCUCCCAUCACCCUGGUGAAUUACUCUAUGGAGAGACAUUUAAAGAGAUGGAAAUCAAACUAGGGAUUUUGUUUAACACAUGUGGGACAGAAUUAUGAAAUGUAUAUGCCAUGUUGGUAAUAUAUAUAUGUAUAUGAGUCAAACAAAACUGACAUUUUACUCUACAAAAUCAGUUUUGCCUUGAUGUUGCUUGAUGUUCAUUCGAGGCAUCAUUCAAUUUGAGGGUCUCUCUCAAUUGUUUCCAGUCUUAAAUAAAGGUUAUGAAUUGAA